AUGUCGGCUACUGCGAUUGCAAAGUUGGGUGCUUGCUUUGUGCAGGCUGCGUCCAACCAGGCUUCGCGUGUUGCCGUCAACUCAUUCUGGCAGGCGCUUGAAUUGAGCCGCUUCCAGUCCGCACUUGACUCCCGUGGUGUGCGCUUAAUUGGCGUCGGCCAUGAUGUUGAUGGAGUCGAGGAAUUCCAGAGAGAGCAGUUCUUCUCUGGUGAACUAUACCUGGACCCCAAAAAGGAGGUUUACGCGGCCAUGGGAUAUGGCAGUGUGAGCGUCCUUUCAGGUAUUGGUUCGCUCUUCAGAAGUGCGGGUCGCGCACUUGUUCGAGAAACCAAGGACAAAGGUGUAAAGGGUAACCAAAAAGGCGACGGUUGGCAGUUAGGUGGCCUCCUCGUAAUUGAAAAAGGUGGAAGGGUUCUCUAUUCCUUCCAACAACAGCAAGUUACGGAAAAUCCUGACUACUCCAAAGUCGCCGAAGUCCUUGGUGUUAAAGAGGAGGAGCUUACGCCUCUGCGAUCUGGAAGUAGCCAACCCUCUGCCUCCUAA